AUGUCACCAGAUCUGAACUCUCUGCCCUUAUCUCGUUCGUCCUCUAUCUCUUCCUCCGUCGCGCAACGCAAUAUGCCCGCUCCUAGUGGAACCGGUCCGACGCCCGUGAACACGAACACCGGCUCACCACGGCCCUCUCCCGGCUCGAGCAUUGGCCGACUUUCGAUAUCUGACCGACGUCGAUCUAACGCAGGUCUGAACCUUAAUGCGAGCGAUGUGCCAAACACUGGCUGGGUACCCAACAGCGAGUUCUCGGCUACAGACCACCGCGGCUCUAUUGGGCAUGCGUUCCGCACCGCCAGUCCAUCCAGCCACGGUGGAAGCCCCGUCUUCGCAACAGCAGAUCCCCAUCACCAGCGCGCACCAUCGCUGGGAGAACUACAUCAAGAGCUGGAGCAAGAACAGGAAGCACAAGUGAACCGUCUCUUACAGAUGAUCCGUAGUCAACAGGCACAGUUAAAUCAAUACCAGCAGCAACAAAACCCGCAGUCAACAGGUGCCAUCGACGAUACAACCCCAGCAUCGGAACGGUCGGCAGUCUUCCCAUCUGUGCCUCCGGCUGCGCCAGCGGGCAACGGAUCAUCGCUCUCCUCGUCCUUGUCAGCCCGACGAAACUCACGACCUCCGAGCUACACAGUAUCCCCGAAUUUGCGGCCACUAGACUCACGUGGAUCGGAGGGCGUGGAGCCAUUCCCGGGGUUGCGGGAUAGUGCCUCUCGGCGCGGCAGCCGGGACGAAAGCGCAUUUUACCAAGCCGAAGCUAGCUCGCUAAGCCGAGAAAACACACUUCUUCGGCAGCGUAUUCGGGAACUAGAAAGGCAAAUCGGAGAACUCACGACAGCGCAAAGCGCGGCUUCCGCAACUGCUUCGGGCACGGCAUCCGGGCAAGCGGGGACCGAAACUGCGGACCCGCCUGCCGUGGGCUUGCCGCGAGACGGCAAAGACUGA